GUGCAAUGACUGCUCCCUUCAGUCAAUACACCAGCUUCACCAUACCUUGAUCGCACUCACCUCGUUCAGGUUGUGCGUACAGCUAUGUCAAGUGUGUCGCGGCUGUUCUGUGUCUGAUGCAGAUUGAUGUUAGUUGGGUCAGCCUUACCGUCUGUCUGAUCAUCUCCCUUCUCCCUGUGACCUCAUCGCAUAGUGACCUCUUCCAGGCAGGUCAAGGUCACUUCAAGUUCGCGUCCAACGUCACGUCCGGUAUGUCAAGGCAGGUCAUACUCAAUGUGCUCAGUGUGGAGCAGGAUGAGGGCGUCGGUGCACGUGUACGAAGAAGCGUCGGAAGAAGUGAGUUGCAGAACCUUGAUCCCUUCCUGAUGCUGGACGAGUUCAAAGUUGCCUCCCCUGCUGGAUUCCCUGAUCACCCACACCGAGGCUUUGAGACGGUGACAUAUAUGUUGUCCGGCUCCUUCCGACAUGAAGAUUUCUGUGGCCACAAGGGCGUCAUCAGCGCUGGGGAUCUGCAGUGGAUGACUGCGGGGAGGGGUGUGGUGCACUGUGAGAUGCCACACGGUGAACAAGAAGGUCACGGACUUCAGCUGUGGGUCAAUCUGGCCGCCAAGGACAAAAUGGUGGAACCUGCAUACCAGGAACUCCUGGACAAAAACAUCCCAAGGUCGUCCAAGGAUGGGGUCACGGUCAAGGUGAUCGCCGGAGAAUCCUACAAUGGUAUAAAGUGCGGUAGGAAGUUCAAGGCGGGAUUCUGGCAUCCCAGUUUCAAUAAGAUCAACGAGUUUGGCCAUGGAUACAUCGCUAGUGGUGGCAACUUUCACCUUGUUCCACGUGAUGGGUUCCAAGGAGCUGAUUGCAGAUGCAGCAGACUGGAGAGUGGCAUCCUCUACACUGUAGUCAGGUUCUUCACUGCAUCUGAUGGAGGCAAGGAUGUUAUGACAAACAUCCAGAGAAGGGGAAAGUUCAUGAAGUGGGACAGGGACAGGAGUGUGGUGAGCAACAGGCUGGGCGUCCAGAUCGACCAUCAGUUUCAUGGGAGGUCCAUCCAUGAGGGGGAGAGGUUGGUGCUCGCAGAUGUUGAAUGUGCUGGACUUAUAGAGGUCAACAAGGAGUCUAAUGGCCUUCAGGACAUCUUCCUCGGAUUUUUCUGUGAGGGAUCCGCCAGCCGAACGUGUGAGAUCUCUGCGCAGUGUCUCGUCACAGCAUUCAAGAAGCUAUAUAAAUACACUUAUACAUACAGGGUGUUGUAUUGUUCACGAUGUCUAGUAUUGUCUACCGUUACAGGUGGGAGGGAUGGAUUGCCUCAUCACACCCUGGUUCUUGGCGGGGAAGGAGACAGAAUUGACAUUGAAAACAAGGGUUCUGAAACAUGCCACUUCGUGCUGAUCGGGGGCAAGCCUCUCAACGAGCCCAUCGUACAACAUGGACCGUUUGUCAUGAACACUGAGGAAGAGAUCCGACAGGCCCAGGCGGACUACUUUCACGAUACAAAUGGGUUUGAGGGAGCACGGAGCUGGAACUCAUUUGUGGCGGAUGAAGACCUAAUUACUCACUGAUGACUACCAUUUCGGUCGUUGUCCUUCUCCUUGCUACAUGUUGACCAGCCAAUCUGACUGUAACACACGACAUUGACAUUGACGUUUCUCGAUAACAGGACAAUUCUCACAGUGUUCCUUGGAAAUACUUUCUUGAGAUUAUUGCACACUUGUACUUAGACGAUGUUUUUUAUUCUUUGUUUUAUUACCAGAUCCAAUGCAAAUAUGUUUGGAAUAAAAGCAAAAUCCCUCCAAAUCUUUGAACAAAAUAGAAAUUAAGCCCCGAAAAUUGCACUUGUCAUUCAAAGAAAUAGUACACUUUUGUAAAGCAAAAUUAUUUCAACAAAUCUUUUAUACUGACCAUCCAAUAUGGAAAAUCAUCUGAAUAUCUGAAAAUCAUUAAAAAUAUAUCCUUGCUUUUCAAUUUUACAUUAACCUGAAUUUCAGAUAGGCUUAUUGCAUCUACUAUCUGAAUCGAUGGGACUGUUUGAUCCGAUUUCUGUACAUGACAACAAUAUCUAUUCCGCGAUAUAUAAUGGUACCAUAACUUCAUAGUCCAGGUAUGUCCGUAAUUCGAUCACAGGAAUCCGAAGUUAUGCUUCAAAUAUUCGGAUCGGUUGUUCGCAUAAAAA